AUGCGUGAUCGGCCGGUCGGUUUCGAACUUUGGCCGAGACUUCAGACGGACGGAUGUGAUUUGGCCGAGCGCGGAACAUUCGUUCCUCGGCCAGCCGGACUGCGCGGUUGGGCGCUGAUUCUCGAUAGAGCCGUCUGGACAGUCUUCACUCUUUUGGUUGUAACUCCUUUUCUACUCAUCCAAAUUAGGCCAUUCCAGUUGCGUUGGAAAGUUAACUCAAUCAGAGCACGCAGGGAACUGGUCUUGAUGAAAUCCAUUGAGUAG